GACUUUAAGCUCGAGUUUGGCCAUCAUCAAGGCAGGACAAGUUCUGUCUGGCAUGGAGGUACAGCUACCAUUGUUCACAGCCCUGGAGACGAAGUAUGGGGAAUAGUGUGGAAAAUGAACGCUAGCAAUUUAAGUUCACUGGAUAAGCAAGAGGGGGUUGACGAUGGCAUUUACGUCCCCAUAGAAGUUGAUGUCCACACUCAAGGAGGAAAUGUACUGACCUGUCGAAGCUACCAGAUGAAGCACUAUGUCUGUGGUCCCCCUUCUCCUCAGUAUAAAAAGGUUAUCUGUAUGGGUGCAAAACAGAAUGGCUUGCCCGCUGACUAUCAGAAGAAAUUAGAAGCUAUUGAAACUAAUAACUAUGUGGGGGUAGUGCCAAUCAUGGAAGAGAUCGAAGCGGCUAUUAAAGCAAAGGAAAUAAAAUCUGCAUAGAAUACCUCUGCAUUUGCUUGGUCCUUCACUUUGAUUUGGAUACCUCUCCUCACUGUGCUGGUCAGCAGUUGCUUUAUUUAUCACAAAAAGAUAAAUUUGCUGUGCAUCUACAGUAAGUCAUUAGACAUAAUUUGCAGUCUGAAGACACAC